UUGGUACUCUGUAACGCCAGAAGACAUCGCGCAUCACAUUGCUGAACGCUGCCGGUGUGAUGUUAUUAUCGAUGCAUUCUGUGGAGUGGGUGGGAACAUGAUUCAUUUCGCCAUGACUUGUAAUCUAGUAAUCGCAAUCGAUAACGACAAAACAAGAUUACAGUGCGCCAGAAACAACGCUCAAAUCUACGGAGUCGAGGAUCGAAUAGAAUUUAUUCAUGGGGAUUAUUUGAAGUUAAUUCCAAAAUUGAAGGCUGACGUCGUAUUCUUGAGUCCACCAUGGGGAGGACCUUCCUACUUGAAUGUUGAAAAAUAUGACAUAAAAACAAUGAUGCCAGUGGACGGCGAAAAAAUAUUUCGGGAAUCCAAAAAAAUCACGAAUAAUAUCGUAUAUUAUUUACCUCGUAAUGUGGAUAUGAAUCAACUUGGAGAACUUGCCGGUCCUGGAAACACUUGUGAAUCACAAAAUAUCUAUGUCAACGAUUUUUUGAAAACGCGAGCUGUGUUCUUUGGUGAUUUACAGAAUGUUUGA